GUUCCUUUUCCUCUUUUUCCUUAUUUCCUAUCUGGGUCUCAUUCAUUCUUUGCUUUCCUACUCAACGCUCUCUUUCCUGCUGUGCAGAUUGCCGUUCUUUGCUGCAUCAACACUCUACCACUUCAGCAUCAAUCUCUCUCUAUUCCAUCAGCCAACAUGCCUGUCCCAACCUACAACGCCAAGCCCUUGAGCAUGAUGCUCGUGGGUGCUCGCGGCCUUCAAGUCAUCUGCAUGAUUAUCAUAAUUGGCAUCUGCUCCAACUUUGUCCAGAUGAUUGUCACGACGGGUGUGGAGCCGCCCCAGGAGUUUGUUGGCACACUGAGUGUGGCCUGCAUUGCGACUCUCUACAUCAUGGUCAGCGUUGGUUACUACUGGUCUCAAGCCAACCUCGGUCUUCUCGUCAUGGCUGGUGUCGACUCGCUGCUUCUCAUUGCCUUUAUCGUCUGCGCAGUCACGCUUGGAAAGCCCAUGUCUUUCCUCAACUGCUAUGUCAUUGGCAAGACGUCGGCCGAGAUUGACGCGCAGUACGCCAAUGCCUUUGUCACGGCCACGGUGGAGAACCUCAACAAGUCCAUCUCCAGCCUGGGCCACUGGGCGGGUGUGACUCGCAGCAACUGCUUCCAGGCCAAGACUGUCUGGGGCAUGACUAUUGCUCUCUGCAUUCUCUUCACUGUUUCAUCCGUUCUUCUGCCUACUCUCUGGUACAAGAACAACAUGAAGAAGCCAGCCAAGACGGUCGAGGAAGCUUAGAUGAAGACUGGCCAAGUGAGCGUCUCAGAUCAACCAACGAAUCCGCAAAAGGACUUGUUCAAGCAAGCCUUGCCAAUCCCUACCACCUCCCUUUCCUAUCUGUCAAAACCACAAAAACAGUAUGCAUCGCGACGGAGUUUGGAGUUUUUCUUUCUGCUCGGACAUUGAGUGUCCCUAAUCCUAAUGGAUAUUACCGG